AUGACACAUACGAAGAAGGAUGGCACUCAUAUGACUGUUGAAGCUGCAGAAAUUAUGAAAAAGGUUGCCGUUAUGACUAAUAGCGUCAGACCACAACAACGAUAUCGAGGUGUUCGACAAAGGCAAUGGGGUUCUUGGGUAACUUCUGCUGCGGUGUCGGCAACACAUUUGUAUUCUGCUUCCAUCGUUGAACGCGACACAGUUUUUUGCUUCUUGGAGCUCCAUGUAACAAGACAAGAACCAACGAAGACACCAUAUCCAGAAACUGAUCGACGAUCGUCUAUAUUAGCACCCCAAUCAGCAUCUGCAAAUGCAGAAAUUCGCCAUCCUCUCUUGAAAAGUAGAAUUUGGCUCGGAACAUUCAAAACGGCGGAAGAUGCAGCUUAUGCGUACGAUGAAGCCGCUAGGCUUAUGUUUGGAACAAGGGCUAAAACCAACUUCCCUUACAAUCCUAGUGCACCUCGAUCGUCACCAUUCAAGCUUCUUUCAUCAACUUUGACGGCUAAAUUACACAAAUGCUACAUGGCUUCACUUCAAAUUACCAAACAACAACCGGAACACAAGACACAAUAUAACGCACCAACUCCACAUGUUGCCAGCCAUAAUGGCAUUGUUGGGAGAGACGAUGGAAUUGGAAUUGGUCCAGUUGAAAACAGACCGUUGAUGACUGUUGAAGAACCAGAAGACAAUUGGGUUGUCGAGAAAGCCGAGGCUGAAAGCACCCGGCAGUUUAAAGCUUUUGAUGAGGAUCACAAUCACAUUGAACACACGAUAGAGGAGCUGCUUCACUAUGGCUCCAUUGAACUAUGCAAUGUCUAAUAAAUAAGACGUAAAGCGCCAUCC